AUGAUGCGCACCGCCUCCGUCGCGCUCAAGGCGCGAGUGACGCCCACUGCCGUGCGCACGCGUGGGGCGCGAACGACGCGAUGCGUCGCGCGCGCGACGGCGAGCGAAGAGGGCGAGAGCGGCGUCGCGCGGUUCGGCCGCGCGGCGUUCGCGACCGUGCUCGCGAUGACGAUGACGGCGACGUCUGUUGAACCGGUGUUCGCGAAGACGACGUCCCCGGCGGCGCAGCGCAAGGGUCGUGCGCCGGUUUCCGCGGCCAAGGGCUCGAAGAGCGCCCCGGCGACCAAGCGGGCGACGAAGAAGGUGCGCGCGAAGACCACCUCUUCCCCGGCCGCCAAGAAGACCACCUCCGUUGCGGCGAAGAAGUCUUCCGGCUACACCAAGCGCGCCACCAAGCGCGUGCGCUCCAAGUCGGCGGCGGCGACCACGACGAAGGCUCGCACGGUCGCUGAGCGAUCCUCCAAGGGCGUCGCCAAGCGUGCGACCAAGAAGGUGCGAUCCAAGUCCACCGUCGCGGCUUCCACGGGCGCGAAGAAGAAGACCACUUCCCCGGCCCAACGCCGCCGCUAA